CGGUCAAUCAGGACGGAUGUGGACGAAGCCCGUCGUCAAUCGUAGUGUGAUUUUAGCCGUUUGAGAGUUGGUGGUGGGACACUCCCCCGGACUAUCGGACAAUCGUGACUUCCAGGAAAUACCGCUCUCGCUGCAGUUUCAGGAUUUUGGCGGUUGAGGAUUAACACAAGGAUUAAGUUGGAUACCCCUCUCUCUCUCUAGGAUUAGCAGUUGUGGCAGCUUGUUUGCACUGGAUUAAGAGCUCAUUCGAGUGUGAGUGGCCGAGUGUCAAAAAUGAUGAUGAAUCUGUUUGUGCAUCGCUGGAGUGCCGAGCCACGAAUGCAACGUGAUCAAUCAUUAAACGUGGCCAAUUUGGGGGUGGUGCCACGUGCGAGGAAAUGAUGUGGAUACAAACCCAGUGAGUUGGAAAACUAGUUUAUACAGGCGGAAACGUAGUGUGGCGAGAGGAAAAUUUGUUCAUUAGCGUUUGACAAAGAGCGACGAUGCUGCCACGUUUUUGAAUGGUUUCAACGCAAGUUAGCUUAUAGAAAAAAGGAAGCAAACCGGUGUGCUCAUGUGAGGGCGUAUGUAUGUGAUAAUCUUUUGGAAAACAUAACCUACAAGGUAGAAAAGAGAACGUAAAUAAGCGUGAAAACCCGUGAGAGGAAAAUGCCAGAGGAUUAUUCACCGGACAGCAUAGAAGCAGCACCCGUUAAGGAUAUAUAAUUUGCGGAAUCUGGUGUUCUGGUAUGCAGCAGAAGCCUCGAGGUCUCCUUGUUCCACGACGUGUACGACAUCACGCACAUGGCUCGAGGCCCCUUGAGGAUAGGAGAAGAUGCCUGGUCUGAAUCCGGAGAGUGCUGCCUGAUUCAGUGCCGCCGAUGCCGCACGGUCCUGGCCGACUGUUCCGCGACUGUGUCAUCGUUGUUUUUACUGUUGUAGUUGCCUAUGGAUGUGCUUCAUCACCACCGUCUUGACGCAUGGCUAUGUACUACUAUGCAAGCAAAUUAUCAGCAGUCGCAUGUGGCACCCGGUGCCGCCAAGGAUUAAGCCGGAGGCAACGCAUUCGUAACAGCCAAGCCCGGAACCAGGCCAAAAAGGCCGACGACGACGACGAGUCCGACGAUAAUGGCAAAGAUAAAAAGACCCUAUCAGCGUCGUUGCUGUGCGAAACUACCGACGACACUAUAGUGAUAUCGCUGAAAACGUCCGAACAGCCGGAAGUGUGCUGCGAAAGUACGCCCACGCUGACGCACUCGACGACGGCCCUCGGAACGGGCGGGGUUAUGUACGGAAAUGGCAACAUCGUGUCCGGACCACUCGAGUCCCUCAUCGACCUGCUGAUGCCGGCCAACGCCGAUGAUCUAGACCAGGAGUACGUAUUCUCGUUCCUGCUGUCGUGUAGGUUUUUCAUCCGCACCCACGAGCUGCUGGGAAAGCUGCUCGAGACCUUGCCCGAGCCGGAACCACUCGGUCGGUUGGUGCCGCUGCUGGCCGUCUGGACCAAAAAGUUCCCGUACGACUUCCGCGACGAACGGAUGAUGAACCACGUUAAACAUAUCGUAGCUAGAUGCGCAGAUACUAAAUUAGCCGAUGUGGUAUCUGAACUACUGUGUGCCUUGUUAGCUCGUCUAACCGAACUUGAGAAACACGAGGAAGAACUCAAAAGCUAUCAAUCAACUGUUGACAAUAAGACUGAAUCAAUAAAAUGGCCAAAUGCGUCCCAGUUGGCGCAACUUUUGUGCCGCAUCGAACGGAACCUGGCCAAACACGUGGGACCGGAAGAGUUUGUGCAGUGCAAUGCCAACCUGCUGAAGGACCCAAAUCGGGAGGACUUUACGCCGAAAGCCCCGGGCUCGGGACCCGGUCCCACUGGAGGCACCACCCUGGACGGCAAGAAGACCUGCAACCUGGAAAGCUACCUGGAAUGGUCCGCCCGGUUACGGUUGCUGGUGGCAAAUGAGAUUUUGAAGUGCCAAAACAUCCAGGACCGGAACGAGGCGGUGGAGCUCUGGAGUGGGGCCGCCCAGUACUGCCUGCUGGUGGGGAACUACAACAGUGCAACGACCAUCCUGGAGUCGCUGGAUAUUCCACCGAUCGCGAGAUUACAAAUCACGUGGAGCAAACUUUCGUCGACGACCAGCCAACAAUUGGAUUGUAUGCAACGUCAUGCGGAAGGAUGUGGCAAUUUGUGGAGCAAACAGACGGCAACUGGGCCCAGCUCGACCACGUUGGACAAGAAGCGGAAACAACAUCCAUCGUCAACGGGAUCUUCCACGGUAUCGCUGGCCACCGGGCCCAAGUCGGCCAAGCCGAACGAGUGGGUUGUCGUGCCGGUUUUUGUGGACAUCGUCAAGUUGGCGCUUAAAUCACGGGAGGACUGCUGUGUACGACUCCCGAACGGGCACAUAAAUAUGUCCGCAUUUGACCGGUUGGCCGCGGUCGUCGGCGCGUUCACCAGGCACAUGGCCCAGGUCAAUCAGACGCUGCCGGACGUCGGGGCGUACGGGCACCUGUGUCACCACAUGCAGUCCUGCCGACUGCUCAACGAAACAGAGCUCAUGCUGGCAUCGUUCGAAUGCGAGGGUGCGACGGUCGCCGAGAAAGAGCUGUACGACGUUACAUAGCAGCAUCAGCAUCGACAUCAUCGCAGUUAUCACCACAAUAUUCAGCCCUGCUGCUGCUGCUG